AUGAGUUACUACCAGAACUUCAACCAGUACGAGUAUGCGGCGCCGGCGGUCUACCCGCAUUGUGCGGCCAACUUUUACUAUCCAAAUCCAAACUUUGAGCACAAUGAAAUGUACAAUCAUAUGAAUAUGAUGGGCUCACAUAUGAUGCCGGGUGUUGGUGGAAAGGCAACGGAAACGAAGCCCAGACUGGCCAAGGACGAGGUCGAAAAGCUCGAGAGCGUGUUUCAGGCAAACAACAAGCCCAACAGCAGUACGAAGAAGCAGCUUGCUGAGCAGAUGGGAGUGGAUGUCGCAAGAAUCAACAAUUGGUUCCAAAACCGAAGGGCAAAAGCGAAGCAGGAGAAAAGGCACGCAAUGAAUGAGGAGAAGGAGCGUCAAAAGUCGGAACAAGAUGCCGAGACGAGAGACACCACUGCCGACACUGUCAAGGAGUACUACGCUUCCAACGAUCAAGAGGAAGAUCUCCGUCCAUCCGCCGCGCCUUUCCCCCCUGUGAAGGCAUCAGAGGAAACAACUUCGGUCACAGCGAGCCCGCCUGUCGAGGAAGCCGAACCUGAGACGGAAAUGGAGGAAAUGUUGCACGCGACAGCGGAAGAGACCGAAGCAGAAUACACCUCCCCGGAGUCGCCCAAUUGCCCGGCCCAAGAUAUCAACAUCAGCUACUCCCUGACCACCGACAACUUCUUCCCGGACACGUGCGACUUUACGACGUCUCUACCUUCCGAGGCCACCUCACAAGCGCCAUGCUUGACGAUCUCAAUACCUCAGUUCAUGCCAGAGAUUACCGAUGCCACGAGCGCCUCAUCGUACCAACACCUGUCCGGGUCCACUGACAUGCAUGGCAUGGCAUCUCAUUACAUGAUGGCGAACUCUCUCCACAUCGACAUCAAGCAGGAGCAGAUGCAGAGUGAGGGUGUCAACGGAUUUGACCAGUUUUCCCCGGAAUCCAUGGCUCAUUCCCCACCAGAAAUCUCCACCACCGAUUUCCGAUUCAAGCCGCCCCCCACGAUUGACAUUGCAAGCCGAAGAAAUUCCAAGCGUCCCGCUCAGCUCGUCAGCUGUAUGCGCAGCCAGUCAUACAACCUCUCGGGUCCCAAGACGGGGAUUGAGAUGUCUAGACGCAUAGAAGCACCGAGCCCGAUGCGACGUGUUGCGUCGGCCACAGGCAAUUUCCCAAGAGGGAUCCAAAAAGCAACUAGCGCGGGGCCGCGAUCACCACUGUGCUUUGAUCGUAACCAGGAAAACCUUCUCCUGCAAAUGGCAGCCCACUCACCAGUGUCCAGAAGCUCGGUGGCGCCUCCAACUCCUAACACGCCAGUGGUGCCCACUCAACAGCAGAACAUGCGUGAGGCAACAGUCUCGUCCAUGUCUUCGGAGGAUGACAAGAGCUACAGCGUACAGACCAAUCUGACGGUUCCCCAGUACGCGAUGGACCCGACGAUGAGGACGCCACCUGACACCCCGGGGCUGAUGACAAACAUGUCGGGCUCUCUCUUCUCGUACGAGUACCAGGUGCCUGACGAACCUAUACACACUCCCAGCUUUGGCACCUUCGAUAACGAAUUCGGACUCCAGACGAACGUGCCGACCUACGUCGCCCAGAGUUGCGGCAGCCAGCCAGUAACACCGUCCUUCCCGCACAACGCUAUGGGACCGGCAUUUUACUCUUCGUAUGAGGGCGGCAACGCCGAGUACAAUUGGUCAGAUGCGUCUUCAAUGGCGAUCAAGCCUUCGCCGGAGCAAACAAGAUCGAGGCAUUACGCGUUUAGCAACAUAACUGCUCAAGACUUCCAAAGAGAGUAG